AUGCUUUCAAAAAAUGAGCCUCCUCCUACCAUGAAGGCCGCCAUAAGGCUCUUGAGACAUGUUUUCUCCAGUGCGCUCGAUGUUCCAGAAUUUCAACGGCAGCUGUGUACACCAAAUGUACCCAAAUUCAGUGCUCUCCUGAUUUCAAUAUCGGAGAAGCAGGAAGAGCUGGAACUCAAGCUGCUCGCAAUAAGCACUCUGGCCCACCUCAUCCCUCUUUAUCCUACUCUUCAUCGCGCAUUGCAAAAUUCCUUGAAUACGCUGGCUUUGCGAUAUCUUAAUGGCUCUGCCCCGAAACCUACUCCAGGGCCACUUCUAGAGGUUGCUUCACGCCUCUAUUCAGUCCUGCCUACUACUGGGGGCAAAGUAGGAGCGUCGAAUAUCUGGCGCAAGUCUAUAGACGAUACACUGGUUUUCGCGUGGACUGCUUUGACGAGCAUCAGAACUACAUACCCCUCCACAGGUAUGAGUACCUCGGUUACUCAGCCAGGUUCGUUGGGAGUGGAUCCAAUGGUUUCCAUCCCUUUGAAUACGGAUCGUCUGAGAGCUGCUACCCACGUGCUGUGCGAUCUUCUACGCACCACCACAUCCCGCCCUAUUUCGGUGCCCGUGGGCUCUCUUGUGCGCCUUUUUCUAGCCCUGUUGCGUUGUACGCCGGUCGAAAAGGUAGACGGUCACAUCGACUCGAGCGUGCGUGCACUUGAAAAAUCAGUAAUUCCAACGAUCUGGGAAUUGGCGUGCGGUGUUCUGAAUGCGCUUGCAGAGAGUGCCCAAUCUCAUCUAACCCCCCACUUGCCACAAUUGAUAUCGCAUGUGACAUAUCAUCUGGAACAAAACCUAACGCCCUCACAACGUCUGCCAUUUCUCAAGGUGACAGCGUCGUUAUUCGCCAAUUGCCAUACGAUGCAUGAUGUUGUAUUGUCGUCGCGCUUACUCCGAGCGAUUUUGCCUUCGUUAACAGUGGUCUUGUCAACGAAGUCAGAAGUGCAGAGUAACACGGAGCAAAGCACCAAGGGCAAGAGCAAGGGUAAAAAGAGAGCACGCGGCUACGAGGGUGACGAGGUGUUCAAGGUCACCAGAGAGAUUAUCUGCUCAACGGUGGAUGACGGAGCAGUGCUGCUCGCUGCACUGGACGCCAUCCACUUGGUCAUGCAAAGCGCUCAGAUAUCACCUGCCGUUCAUUCACUGGCAGGCCGCAUGCUCUUGUCCAUCUACAUUGCUCUGCCAGAGAUUCCACCUGCCCUACUAUCUCCUGAUUUGUCUCUGCAUGGUGCACUGUACGUUAAGGUCCGGAAUAUUUGCACCGAUUUAGCCAUAGGCACUACCAGCACCAUGAGCAAGAGCCUCGGGCUUAUCAUCAGCUCUAUGGAAGACGGUGAUAGCGAGCCACGCGACGCCAACGUCCAGCGGACGAUCGACCUGCUCCUUCACCCCCGUGUGCCGCCUCUUGUCCGCGCGCUGCCACAUGUGGAAAUGCUGUCAUUGUUCCGCGAGGAGGAAGGCAAAGAAGAGAUGGAAGCCCGGAGAAGACUAGGUAUCGGCGCCGAGGGUGGUGUUUCCACACCACUUUCAGCGGAGAUGGUGGACACAGCAACGCCAUCUUCGGCAACUCCUGCUGGGGAACUUAGCCGCGAACCUCUCCCGGAAUAUUCGCGAUCGCAGUCCGUUCAAAUGCCUACAGACACCUCCAUCAUACAUCGGGAACAGGCUCUACCGAAGAUAGCAGCGAAUCUGCCAGUUGUCGCUUCAUACGCUGGGUUCACGGAGGCGUCUGCUGUACAACCAUCACAGAACCUCACAAAUCAUAGCACUACCUCGCUCGGCACCCCCGCACGCUCCCCGCCCUGGGUACCCGCAUCGGCGGCACCAUCAAUUUCUGCGGCUGCAAUACCCGUCACCCCAAUUGCGACAGCGGCACCUGAUUUUGCGCCAAUGGAUCAAGAUGAGGACGAUGAACCGAUGCCAACCAUCGACAUGGACUCGGAUUCCGAUUGA